CACGGCCCUGCUCACUCUAGAUUGUACACCAACAUGGACAAUCAUGCAGUUGGAUCCUGGUCAGCUCGCACCAAUGACAACAAACAAUGGCUGCAAUUUGACUUUGGACGUGUAAGAAAACUGACAGCCAUUUUGACCAAGGGAAGAAAUCAGUAUGCUCAGUUUGUCAAAACAUACCAAAUUCACUAUGGCAACAACACUUUGUUGAUGAAGGACUAUAGAGAUGGAACUGGCUCAGUCAAGAUCUUCCAGGGCAAUAUUGACUUGGACAACAUUCACGAAAAUGUUUUGAACCCUCCUGUGUAUGCUCGCUACCUGCGUAUUAAACCUCUCACUUGGUUCAGGCACAUUUCUAUGAGAGCCGACGUGCUGGGGUGUUAGCAAUUUAAAGACAUUACAUUACUUUUAUAAAUGCGCGUGCUCAUAUAAUACCACUUAGUCUUAAAUUUAUGCUGGAAAUGAGAAAGAUAUAUACAUAAUAUGUAGUGCUAUGCAAUGUUAACACUGACACCUUGCCUUAUGCUGGUAAAACUGCAGUGGGGUCAGUUAAAUUUUAUGAGCAUGCUCAGUUAGUGCUUUGUAUGGGCAAUUAGAAGUAUAC